GAAGCAGUGAGGGCAACUAAGGGAAGGGCACCGGUGGCUUCGGCCAGGGCGUGCGUGCGUGCGCAAAUCUGAGAUGCGCAUGCGCCUCAGAGUAGCAGAUUCUGAAGGAUAACCGAUUCGCUGCCAUCCCACGUAGAGGCGCGCUCGGCGGGCUCGAUCCUCUGCUGCGGCUGGCCGCGGCCCCACCCCUUCCAUCAUCAUGGCACCUUAGACAAGGAACCCGGGCACUGAAGGGCGAUGGGGGAGCGGAUCCGGCUCAGCUCCUCGCUGGUGCUGGAUCAAUGUGCCUGGCAGGUCACCUUAGACGGGGAUGUCUUGGAAUGGCACAAGCCCCAGCCACCCUCGUCCCGGGGGGAAGAGAGAUUUUCAGUGCCCAUCUCUGAGAUUAUUGCUGUGGAGGAAACGGAAACUGAUAAGAAACAAUCUAAUAGUCGAAAAUGGAGAAAAAUGGCAAAGCAGCAUGCAUUCACAGUGUAUUAUGUGAAAAGGAAACGACCUCACCGCUGGCGGUGCAAGGAAGCCACCUUUUGGUGCACGGAGGAGCAGCUUUGUAAUCAGUGGAUACAAACAUUAAAAGAACUACUUGACUUUCAGACAGCCUCAAGACCAAAGCACUUGCUUGUUUAUAUCAAUCCAUUUAGUGGGAAAAAACAAGGGGAAAGGAUAUACAAACAAAAAGUCGCUCCACUAUUUAGUCUGGCUUCCAUCACUGCAGAAGUUGUCGUCACUGAACAUGCUAAUCAUGCUAAGGAUAAUUUGUCUGAAGUUAAUCUGGCAAAGUAUGAUGGUAUUGUUUGUGUUGGUGGGGACGGAAUGUUCAGUGAAGUGAUGCAUGGUUUGAUUGGAAGAACACAGAAGGAUUCUGGCAUAGAUCAAAAUGAUCCCACAGCACCAUUAGUCCCAUGCAAAACAAGGAUUGGCAUAAUCCCCGCUGGUUCAACAGACUGCAUAUGCUAUGCAACAGUUGGCAUCAAUGAUCCAGUAACAUCAGCAUUACAUAUAAUUGUGGGGGACAGUCAGCCUCUGGAUGUCUCUUCAGUACAUUGCAAUAAGACAUUUCUGAAGUACUUUGUAUCACUUUUGGGUUAUGGAUUUUAUGGAGAUGUAUUAAAAGACAGUGAAGACAAGCGCUGGAUGGGAUCUGUCAGAUAUGACUUUGCAGGUUUCAAGAAUUUCCUUUCUCAUCACUACUACGAGGGCACAGUAUCCUUUCUUCCAGCAACACAUACAGUAGGAUGUCCAAAAGAUGGAAGAACCUGUAAAACCAAGUGCCACAUUUGCAAACAAAGCAAGCGACAGCUGGAACAGCAGCAGAAGUUUGAAAAAAACAGACAUGGGUAUGACAGAAGAGAUCAAUGGAAGGUGAUCAGAGGAAAGUUUUUAGCCAUCAAUGCAGUCAAUAUGAGCUGUGCCUGCCCACGGAGCCCAAAAGGCCUUUCACCGUCUUGUCAUUUGGCAGACGGCUGUGCAGACCUCAUUCUUGUUCACAAAUGUUCCCGAUUCAGUUUUCUGAGAUAUCUCAUAAGGCAUACUAACGAGGAUGAUCAGUUUAACUUCACCUUCAUAGAGGUUUAUCGAAUCAGGAAGUUUCAUUUUACAUCACAGCAUUUGGAGGACAGCGAAGACAUCAAAGAAAUGCAAAAGAAGCACUUUAGGCGGUUCUGCAGAGACCAUCCUGCUUGCUGCUGCACCUUUUCUAGCAGCAUCUGGAACUGUGACGGGGAGACUUUGGAAAGUCCAGUAAUCAAAGUCGAGGUUCACUGUCAGUUGAUCAACCUCUUUGCAAGAGGAAUAGAGGCCCCUUCAAAGUAUGAAGACCCACCCUCCACGUUACAAGCUCCAUCUUUUGUGGGACAUCUGACCUCUCUGUAAAAGAUAAGCAACAGGAAGACAACUGCCUGGAGAAAUAAGCAUUUUGGGCAGGAAAAUAAACACUUAAAAACUGGAUACUUUUUUGUGGUUAAAUUUUAAUCUUGGUAAAUACUCAUUUUAAAUGGGUACCUUUGAAAGAAUUUUGUGUGUGAAUUAUGCUAUUUUAGAAUAAUUUAACAUGAGUGAUACGGUUGGAAGAGGAAUUGGCGUAUUUUUCAGAACUGACAGUGCAUUUUUGAAGAGCUAAUUCCAUAGCUGGAUUGCAGUAACCAGGGUACAAACCGAGUGGCAAUACGUUCCGUCGGAAUUUUGCCACUGAAUUUGAGUUUAUACCCUAGAUGUCAUAUUUAUUUAUACCCUCGAUGUCAUUGUGUGAAUUGUUUUCUUUGCCCUAUCAUCUUAGGAGGUGGUUACAGUCAGAUUUUUAAAGGCUGUGUUAUAUUAGCCAUUUGUGAUUACAGUACCGAAAAGUAGCAAGUUCCUAUAUCCUCUUUGGCUCCAAUGUCUCCUUAAACUACAGCAAAACUAUUCAGUGUGACAGUAUUUUGCAACUUAUCAAUGCAGUUUAGACACACAUUCCUGGCUUUAAAUAAUAACCCAGAGUUUAUAUAUAUUCAUAUAUAUUUUAGUAAAUUCAAGAGGCACGACUUCAUAUGAAAGCCACAUUAUUGCUCUGAAACUCCUCUGUUCUUUGUAAUUCUUUAAAAACAACUAUAAAAGAUUACCUGAAUUUGUUUGUAUGACUAAGCAAGCACAAAUCUAUGCAGACUGUUCAAGAUGGCUGUUAUGUAAUAUUUAAGAAGGGAAAAUGAAAGACAUUCUAAGAAGAAGAAGAAGUGGGAGUGCACAGGCUAAUCUGAAUUCCCCACCGGCAGAUCUUUGAGAUGUUAUUUUCAAUUCACCUGAAAUGUUUCUUAUAGCCAGUUUAUACAAUCAGCAGGACUGGCUAAAUUUUUCCUGGCCUUUUCCAGUUUAGUUUGUAAAGAAGCAGUCAAAUAUUGGAAUGCUUUCCCCCACAAAACACUUUAUAGGUUAGAGUUCUCCCUGAUAUGCUAGGUUUCAAUGAGCGGGAAGUUGUUUUCAAGAGGGUUCAUUUAGUUGCUCAGCCUGCAGCCUGAAUUGAGGCAGUUCUAAGAAUGUUGAUAUUAUCAGUUGACCUCAUCCUUCUAAGAGAUUCCUCAGCCUCAGAAAUAAUCUCUUGAUAGGAACAUAAUUGUAGAAUCUGGAGACUGUCAGCAAUGUGGCCGGCAGACAUUGUUUUGCAUUUAACUACUGAAAUCAAGUUGAAAAGUGGGUAUUUAUUUUGAUGUGUGGACAUUGUAGGACAAAACUGACAUUGGAUAAAUCACAACUUUGCUUUGCAUGUUAUUUGCUGAUUCAGCAAAAGAAAAAAAGGCUUGCAAUGAUAUUGGAAAUGUGUGUGUAUGUUUUUGUAUAUAAUUUGUGCUGAGGGAGGGUGAGAUUUUGUAGAAACUGGACCAAGCUCUGCUGUGCCAUUAUGGUUUUUAACUUGCCUAGAAGAAAAGCCGACUUUGUACAAUUUGUCCAUUUCUCCCCUUUUAUGUUUUUCUUAAGAAUAUUCCAUUUUCCAGACACUUGAAGUGGCAACCUUAUGUUCAUUACUAGGAACUAUAUUAUAUUGAACUCAACAAGAUGUAAAAUUUGGGAAUAAAUGCCUAAGACUGCAUACUUCGAUCA